AUGGAUGAUAAAUCUAAACAAGAUAGAAUCAUAUUGGAGUUACAAUUGAUCUUAAAGACCUCCAAACAAAUCGAAGAUAAUCUUUUGAAAUCAAUUGAAUUAAUAGAUGGAGAGGAAAACUUCCCAACCAGCCGAUCCACCUUUGAUGAAAGUAUAAUUCAAAGUACGAUGUUCAUACAGAAAGUUAUUUCAUUGCUACAAAAUAUCGAUAACGACGAAGAAGUAGAGGCAUCAAGGUUGUUCAUAGAGGAAGAAAAUGGAAGUAAAGACAAUUUAUCACCUAAUGAAUCGGAUUAUAGUUGA